AUGGGGGAUGUAGGAACCGCUUCCACUCGGUCAACACGACCAUGCCGUAUCGCGAAUUGUUCUGGGGCGCGGGGAGAUCCUGGAUACCAGAUGCACCGCCAGGCGACACUUGGACCCGUUGACUUUAUCACUGGGGACUACCUUGCUGAGAUGAACUUAGCUGAGAACGCGGAGAAGCUUGCUCUUGGCCAGCACGACGGUUGGGAGCCAACAGCCUGGGACGGGCUGGAGCAGACGCUGGGGGUCAUUAAGGACCAGAACAUCAAGAUUAUCAUUAAUGGUGGAGCCCUCAACCCAAGAGGACUGGCACAAAAGGCGCACAAAUUCGCAAAGGAGUACCGACUUGACUUGAAAUUUGCAUAUGUCUAUGGAGAUGACUUGCUGCAGGAGGUAAAGACGGAGCUGGAGGAGACGGGCAAAUUGCCUCUGCACUUGGAUGGUGAGAACGACAAGAUAUCCUUGGCAAGAAAUGCAACCGCGUUGCUCGACACCAAGGGCAAGCCAAUCGUAAGUGCCAAUGCGUACCUAGGAGCGAGGGGGAUUGUCAAAGGACUCGAGCUUGGAGCAGAUGUCAUCAUCUGUGGGCGGGUGGCAGAUGCGAGCCCUGUAAUCGGCGCUGCCUGGUACUGGCACAGAUGGUCCGACGCCGACUUUGACAGGUUGGCGGGCUCCUUGGUCGCAGGACACUUAAUCGAAUGCUCCGCGUACGCGACUGGGUCCAACUUCUCCGGGUUCGACGAGUACCCUUUGGAAACCUUCGUGGACCUCUCUUACGGGAUUGCUGAGAUUGCUGAUGAUGGGACUUCGGUGAUCACCAAGCACGAGAAUACUCGAGGCCUGGUAAACGAGGACAAUGUCAAAUGCCAGUUCUUGUAUGAACUCCAAGGUGGCAUAUACCUCAAUUCAGACGUUGCAGCCAACACCACCGAUAUCAAAAUCGAGCAGGUCGGCAAGAACAGAGUGAGAUUAUCCAACGUCACGGGGAGCGCUCCUCCACCAACGACGAAGUUGGCGAUUUUUUACCACGGUGGAUAUGAAGCACAACUCUUGACGAAUGCGACUGGCUAUGCAACAGCAGAGAAGUGGAAGCUAUUUGAGGCACAGAUGCGUCAUGCCCUCGGUCAGAAAGGGCUGCAGGACAAAUUCCAGAUUCUCGACUUUCAAGUCCUUGGCGCGCCUGCGCCAGAUCCGCGGACGCAGUUUGCGAGCACAACUUACUGCCGGACCUUUGUACAAGCUGAUACAGAAAUGGCGAUAUACGGUUUGUUGAAAGCGUGGAGUGAAAUUGCCAUGCACCACUUCUCAGGCUUUCACCUGUCGCUCGACACGAGAACUGCCCUGCCUCGAUCCUACCUUGCAUUCUACCCUGCCUUGUAUUCCCAGGACAAGUUGAAGGAAGGGGUAGUGCUCCUGGGCGACGACGGUGGAGAUGCAGAAACUGUAGAUGCAGGACAUCCCCCAAGCUACCAAAAGCUUGUAUUGCGAGAGAACUAUGAGACAGCAACCCCUGUCGACCUCACCUCUUUCGGAGCCACUCGAAAAGCUCGAUUAGGAGAGAUCUGCCUGGCUCGGUCCGGUGACAAAGGAGCAAACAUCAACUUCGGCUUGUUUGUCCGGCGAGCGGACCACUAUCCCUGGCUUCAAACCUUCAUGACGAAGGAUAAGUUGCAAGAGCUAAUGGCGGACGACUGGCGUGACGACUUUUUCAUGGAACGCAUGGAGUUCCCAAACAUCUGGGCAGUUCAUUUUGUUAUAUAUGGCCCUCUGGGUCGCGGAGUCAGUAGUUGUCGUCUGCUCGAUGCGUUGGGCAAGGGCUUCGCAGAUUAUAUCCGCGAUAGGGUUGUUGACGUGCCCGAGAAGCUUUUGGACGAUGUCCAAGAGGUCAUAACGCAGAGACGCGCCAUGUUGUGA